UUGUAGGUCGUAAAGCCGAGGAGAGGCAUGGACGACGCCAGUUUGCCGGCGCUCACGCGCUGGAGCUUCCAGGACUUUAAGGAAGCAUAUAAAUCCCGUUUCAGGGGCUCUUCGAACCAGCAGCAGCAGCAAGAGCACGACAAGCCACCGCAGCUGGAGGAGGAUUCAGCGAUGGAUCAGCCAGCGACUGCGAUCUACGAGCAGUUCCUUCCAUCCAAGCCCAAGGCAACAACAGAAGAUGAGACUAAAUGCUCUCCAGAUCUUCCUCAUCGCUGGACUGCAAAGCCAAUGCCACACUUACUCUUUGGAGAAAUGCAAGAACUUGCUGACAGCAUUGUAAAGGAUAUCGUUCGAGGAAAUGUGGAUGUUAGAUGGGAUUCAAUCAAGGGACUCGAGAACGCAAAGAGACUUUUGAAAGAAGCGGUGGUCAUGCCUAUCAAAUAUCCCCAGUAUUUCACGGGCUUGCUAUCUCCAUGGAAAGGAAUUUUACUGUUCGGGCCUCCGGGCACUGGCAAGACUUUGCUCGCCAAAGCAGUGGCUACAGAGUGUAACACCACCUUCUUCAACAUUUCUGCGUCCACCAUUGUCAGCAAGUACCGCGGCGACUCCGAAAAACUCGUGCGCAUGCUGUUCGAUCUAGCUCGCCACUACGCGCCGUCGACGAUUUUCUUGGACGAGAUCGAUGCUAUCAUCAGCCAGCGCGGGGAAGCCAACAGCGAGCACGAAGCUAGCCGCAGGCUCAAGACGGAGCUUCUUAUCCAGAUGGAUGGCUUGAUGCAAGCCAACGAUCUGGUGUUCGUCUUGGCAGCCACAAACAUCCCAUGGGAACUAGACGCGGCCAUGCUCCGGCGUCUCGAGAAACGCAUACUGGUGCCUUUGCCGGACGCGGAGGCUCGGAGGGCGAUGCUCGAGGAGCUGCUGCCAACGAGUAUGGGGGACGUGCCUUACGACGACAUGGUCGAGUCCACCGACGGGUACUCCGGCUCGGACGUGAGGCUGGUGUGCAAGGAGGCAGCGAUGAGGCCGCUGAGGCGAUUGAUGGAGGAGCUGGAGAGGAACGAAGCCGCGGGACUGGAGUCGCAAGAUUUGGAGAUGGGGCCUGUGACCAAGGAAGACGCAAUGGUGGCACUCACGACGACUCGGCCAUCAGCUCUGGUUCAUGCGGGGCGCUACGAGAAAUUUGAUAACGACUUUGGAAGUCGCUGAAAUGUAUCAAUCUUUAUUUUUAACCACAAUAAACGUUAUACUUUGUUAAA